GUUUAGCAUCAUACUAGGGAACAUUCAAGGAAGCUCGGUCCCUUAAACUUACAGUUGGAAGGCCAACCGUCAUUCAACAAUUUUACAGCAUAGGGGCUCGCAACCCCACCAUACACAGAACAUGGAGCGUGUUAACAUCUUAAGCAAAAGUCCCUUGUCAUCUCUGGGGCACGACCUUCCCGCUGCCGAGUCGUCGUCACAUAAUAGCUCUACUGGAAGAGGCCUGCCCAGCUCCUUACUAGACAAUCCUCUAUACCUGUCGCAUUCAAUAGCCAUAGGAGAGAGACUAAGCAACGUGGUACACGGUUUCACUGCGCCGCGCGAGAACCCAUUGUUUUCACCAAUGAUGUCCGCUGGGGUUCCUCGCAGCGGUCUGGAGCCUAGUGGCUCAUUGCAGCUUCUAGCUCCCGAAGAUCUGGCCAUUAUCAUGAUGGUGCGAUCCGCUGUCCGCCUGGGCCUCUCGCAGCUGGCACCCAACAGCAUAACCGGCUCAUUAACUUCCUACCAGUCAGCCCCGGGAGCUCAGCGCAGCUACAGCAUCCCAAGCGAGCGUAUCGGCGAUCAAAUAUCCGCCGUAAGUCCGCUUCAAGUCAACGCCAGCCAGCCGCGUGCAGUCGCUGGGCAUCACUCAUCGGAAGUCCUGCAUCUUCAACCGGAGCAGCAGAUGCUGGAGCGGCACCGGGCGCCUUCCACAAACAACGUGAUCAAGGAAUGGUGACCACAUUGUCGCCGCGAGGAGUAGCUGCAGCGACAUCAGCACCCGCCACAUCACCAGCAAGUAGCAAGACGUCGCGCCAAGAUACAGAACCCAACUUAGCAACUCCGGAGCUUGGGCCGGUUAGGACAGCAGCACAUGUCUACCUAUCGACGACAUUCGGAGCAACUGCAGCCGAAGUUGCCUCGGCCCCUGCUCCUUUCGUAGGCAGGGAAUUUUCUUUUAGUCAGUUACCGCCCGAAUUCUUCCACUCGGCGCAGUCGGCGCGCGAGAAGGCCACGCGCUUUGGAGACCGCAAUCAGGAGCGAGAAGAAGACCAACGACAACAACAACGCCAACAGCAGCCCCCCAAGCACCCGGCUGACGCCGUGCCCCCGAGCCCUCAGCUGGAAAGCGAGCCCAAGGACCGUACCCAAGUACCGAAGCAGGAGCAGCAACCGCCAACUGCAAGUACGCCGCCGCAGCAACCCCAGCUCAAGCAGCCGCAGCAGACCCCGCCGUCGCCUUCGAUGCCCUCGCAGCCGAAACCAAAGCCCACCCAGCCGGUUCAUCCCUGCUACGCCAACCAAGCCGCCUACAGCAACAAGCCCCUUCCUAGUGGCUACAAGCCCGCAGGGCCGCUCCGUGCCGUACAUCGCCCUACCACCAGCUCCGGCGGCAGCUCCGUCGCCUCCGUCGGCUCAUCCUGCGGUACGGCAAGGACGGCGACGACGGCGGCGACCUCGAUGACGGCAGCGACGGCGGCAACAGCGUCCACAACAACGGCGGCGGCGGUGACGGCGGUGACGGCGACAGCUUCCAUCUACGACGCACGACCUGGAGAACCGACCACACCUACCAAAAAGGAGCAGCCGCCAACGGCCGUCGCCAGCGCCGCCGCUGCCGCCGCCAG